AUGAACUUGCGUGAAGCUCAAAGUGAGCUAAGGCAGCUCUUGAGCAGAGUCGAACCUUCUCAGCUGCCGAAGCUGCUCGACUGGAUGCGAACUUCAGGUACGCGCGCUCGUCCACGACUGCGACGCCUUCUGACUCGCUUCGAACUGUCGGAACGUCACACGUGUCGGGUUGUUGUUGACUUCGUUUACCCACGAUGCCUUGCAUUUGGAGACGAGUUGGAUGAGCUGCUGGUGGACAACAAUCAAGCCAUCCUGAGGUGCAUCGCUGACGACAUCAGGGACAGCCUGCCGACGGACGCCAUGCUCGGGUGUGAGGCGAACGCCCUGCACAAGAUGAAGCAGCGCGCACGUCCGACCGUCCACGUAGACGCCUUCCUGUACGACGACGAGCACGUGGACUCCCUCUGCGAGGCGGGAAGGAUGAGUCGAUGCUACUGUCUGAAAUGCGGAUCCUGCAGCACGGCGCCUCUGGACUUUGUCUCGCACUCGUUCUCCAUGUGCGAGCUGCUCUUCUUGUUCCAAAACGUUCUGCCGGACCUGAGGGGUCGUACGCUGGUGGACGUCGGGUCAAGACUAGGGGCCGUGCUCUACGGGGGCUACGUGUAUAGCUCGGCGUCCCGGCUGGUUGGCAUAGAGGUCAGCGAGGAGUUUGUUCACCUGCAAAACAAAAUCGUGCACAAGUACGGGAUGGACGCCAGAGUCCAAGUCAUCCAUGCCGACGUGUGCACGCAGGAGGAUCUGCUGCGGAAUGCCGACGUGGUGGUCAUGAACAACGUCUUUGAGUAUUUCAUGGAGCCCGGCGAGCAAGUCAGGACCUGGAGGUUCAUCAUGCAAGCAUUCAGGAAACCAGGUUCUUUGCUGGUGACGGUUCCCGGACUGCACGACGCUCUCCAACCUCUGCAGGAGCCGCUGCCGGCCGGCUGGGUGGAGGAGCUUCCUUUGGACUACCACGUAUAUGUGGGUAAAGACUGCGACCCUGAGGAUCUGCGACAGAUCCACCUGUACAGGGUCUUAUGACCUGGACUGUUUUCUCAAGUGUGUGCUUGUCAAGUAAAUCCGCAAAAUAAUG